AUGGCGAUAACAAGGAGGACGAACACGGUAGAUCAGCAACACGAAGAAGAACAUGUCGAGGUGGUGGAUGAAACCAACCUUUCUGAAACCGUCCGUCUAUUGAAACAAGAGAUGGAGGCUAUGAAACAACAGCGAGAAAAAGACGCUAAGGAGCUUUCGGCCUUGAAAGCUGAGAAUGAGGCACUAAGGAAUCAAGACACCUCAUGGAAACCUACUCAGGUCACCAAUACGCAAACCCAAGGGUCGCACCAGUCCCAUACGAUCCAUACAUCGGUCCCUCGUGCCUCGGCAGUAGCACCUGAAAAGCACCCCUCGGCCUUACCCACUGUCGGUCGGCCUGCAGAUUUGACAACCAUCGGCUCACACCGACACCCUUUCACCCCCUCCAUAAUGCAACUCUCUCUUCUGGACAAUUGGAAAUCUUUACCCAUUGAUAAAUAUGAUGGUACCACUGAUCCUGAUGAACAUCUUGAUGUUUUUCUUACGCAGGUAACCCUGAGUACUACGGAUGAUGCUGCAUUGUGUCGCAUUUUCCCCACAUCCCUUAAGGGUAGGGCGUUGAGCUGGUUCACUCGGCUACCCCCUAACUCGAUCGACUCAUUCAAUACUCUGUCAUCUCAAUUCACAGUUCAGUUCGCAACCAGCCGUCCUCAUAGCCUGACAUCUUUGUCGUUGGUUAGCCUUCGGCAAGAUAAGAAAGAAUCGCUGCGGACGUUCAUGGAUCGGUUCAACAAGGCAGCCUUGGAAAUCCGAGAUCUUAACCCGGCGGUAGCACUUCAUCACCAGACGACGGCUUUAAAACCAGGGCCGUUCGUCAAUAGCCUGUGCAAGAAGCCUCCUUCAGAUAUGAAUGAUCUGCGCAGAAGAGCGGAUAAAUAUAUGCAAAUGGAGGAGUUGGCCGAGUUUCGAAGUCAAGCUCGGGCUGACCAGCCGGCCAAACCCGAGAAGCCAAUCGAACAGACAUACAGGGGGCGAGGCAAAGAAAUAGCUCUUCGGGACCGGCCCGUGCGAGGUCCCAAAUACUCCAAUUACACCCCUCUUAAUGCAAGCCGGGCAGCGAUACUGGAGCAGGCUUUGGCAGCAGAAGUGUUGGCGGUUCCAAAGAGAGCUUCCACUCCGCCACGCGCCGAUACCAGCAAAACCUGCAGGUAUCACCGAAAUCGCGGACACUCAACUGAAGAGUGUGCCGCCUUAAAAGAUAAAAUUGAAGAUUUGGUCAAGCAAGGCAAGUUGCACAAUUUUGUGGAUCGGCCAGCUUCAUAUCGUCCCCGCUCCUCGUCCCAGUAUCGACACAACGAUCGGCAUGCGCAGGAUCGGUCUGAUAGACCUCGGCGCGAGCGAAGUAGGUCGCAAGAAAAGAGAGAUGAUCCGGCACCAUCACGUCGGAGGGUCAUAAACACAAUCGCAGGUGGAUUUGCGGGUGGCGGCUCGACAUCUUCUGCCCGAAAGAGACACCUUAGAGCUAUUCGUUCGGUCAAUAAUGUGGAUAGGCAAUCUCCCCGACGAUUACCAACAAUAACUUUCACUGAUGCUGAUUUUCAAGGCAUCGAUCCUGAGCAAGAUGAUCCAAUGGUGAUUAGCGUCGAAAUCCACAACUGUAUAGUAAAGAAAACGCUGGUGGAUCAAGGCAGUUCGGCAGAUAUUUUGUAUUGGAAUACCUUUAAGCAGUUGGGUAUUUCUGAAAGAGAGUUGGUCCCAUAUGACGACCCUUUGGUCGGUUUUGCAGGGGAGAGGGUGAACACCAAAGGGUAUAUUAAGCUUUUCACUCGUUUUUGUGUUGACGAACAGGAAAGCAGGGAAAUUCAGAUAAAAUACAUCGUGGUAGACGCUCACACAUCUUACAACAUCCUCUUGGGACAACCAUCGUUGAAUAUGCUAGGCGCUGUUGUGUCAACUCCGCACCUAGCAAUGAAGUUCCCUUCUGAUAAGGGGAAAAUCAUCACCAUCCACGCCGACCAAAAAGCUGCUCGGGAAUGUUAUUUUGCUAGCUUGCAAGUAGCUCCCAUCGAAAGAAAAUCAAAGUCCAAAAGUGUUCAUGUCGUCAACUCUUCGGCAUCAGUUGAAGAACCAGUUUGGGAUCUUGAUCCAAGAAUGAAUGAUGAAGAACGCGUAGAGCCGGUAGAAUCAAAAAGAGAGCUAUAG